UUAGUAAUCCAGGUGACUCUGACUGAACCUGCAGAGUGACGCCUCAGUCUCAGCUUCACACACAGACUGACAGCAGCAACUCAACACUCAGUGGACGGAGCAGAAUGGACGGUGUCCCUUUGAAGACGCCCCAGGUUCCUGCCUUACAGGARGUUAAAGAUGACAUCAAAGUGACCGUGCCUGAUUACCUUUCCAUCCUGCAGCAGACAGAGUAUGAAUUCAGCCUAGAGAACUGGGUCCUAACUGGCCUACAAAACAGCAUCUUGGAUCAUCACCGACCUCAGCCCACCUCCUCCUCCUCCUCCAUCUCCUCCUCCUCAGCAUCAUCAGGACUUCUGCCAUCCUGUCCACCAUACUGGAUGAUGUUCAGCAGCCCGCAGCAGAGCCGCCUGGCUAGCCGCCACAGCUCAGACUUCUGGGAGCCCAACCCUCGACAGCGCUCCAACAGCCUGAACCCCGCUGUCCUGCGUGCCAAGUUUACCAUCUCAGACUCUGAGGAGGAAGGAGAGAAAGCCACACAGGAAGUCAAGAAGGACGUGUCCGAGAAGGCUGGCUCGGGGAAUGCUCGCAGCACGCUUUCUUGUCGGAACGAUCAGAAGAAAGCACAGAAAGCUUUCGUCCCUGACCUUUUGAGCCCCGCGUCCUGUCUGAGCAGCCUGCCUCACCAGCGCAGGAAGAACCUGCGUCAGUGUUCCCUUUCAGCGAUGGACCGCACCACACAGCAAGAGUCCAACGCAGUGAGCCGGCCCCAGAGCCCCUCCUCACGUAGAGCUCCCAACACCAGAGCCAACACAGUCCACCCUAUCAUCAGCAAUCAGACCCCACAUGAUAGGACGCCUCACAGACCAGACUCCCGCAGAGCCCCCAGCACCACCUGUGCUGUGGACUCAUCUGCAGAGCUCCUGUCGGCUCUGAGCCCAGAGGAGAGGGAGCUGCUGGGGGCCAUCACUGCUCGAGGCUACCCUCUCCACACUGCUAUCAUCGCUCUGCAGAGGACAGGGCAGCAGACUCCGGAUCAGAUUUUGAGUUACCUGGUGGCCUGUGACCACCUGUGUCAGCUGGGUUACGACAUGGCUCAAGUAGAAGAAGCACUGGAGAUGUUUCAAAACUGCGAGACAAAGGCCGAGGAGUUCCUGCACCUGCUGAGUCAGUUCAACGAGAUGGGCUUCCAGCUGAACGCCAUUAAAGAAGUUCUGCUGGUCCACGAAAACCACAGAGAGCGGGCGCUCGAGGAGCUGAUGAUGCGCGUGGCAUGACAAAAAUCAGUGGCUGCAGAUAACCUGAAUYAUUUACCCCAGAAACAUGUGAUAAAAAACAUUAAUAAAUCACAUCAAACACUUUUUUAUCACUUGAACAAAUAUGGCAGCAUUAAAGUAGAAUCCUCAUUUUCUUUUUUUUACACAUUUGUUUAUUUGUAAACUAUAUUAUUGUAUUCAUGACUUCCUUAAAAUAAUUUAUACCCCUCWUAUGUUUUUGGUACAAAAUCAAUCUGUUUAAACUCUUGUUCUCUAAAGAAAUUCUAGCUGUUGUAAUACUGUAAAUGUGCACGAAUUUAUCAAGGUUAUAAAUUAACAAAAAAUGUGCUUUGUUACAAAAUGUGUAUCUGACAACACAAACAUUUGACAAUUUAACUUCUUGAGGAUUGUUCUUUUUAGAAUAAAUAUAGUAUAGUAAAAAUA